AUGAAAAGAUCGUAUGAUAGCAGAGGUACAAGUAACUCCGAUGCUAUCGCCAAGGCUAAGGCUAGGCUAUUGCAGAAACGAGCCAAAGUAUUGCACGAGGAUGGGUCAUCUCAAGAUGCAACUCUGGAAGGAUCAGUCAAGGGCAAUGGAGGACUUGAUGUAGAAAUACAUCCUCUUCUCAGGACAACACUCCCCGUAACGUCGCUAACGUCCUCCAAAAACCCAUUAAAACAGAAUGUUAAAUCGUGGUUUGACCCGAGUUCCAUAAACCCGUAUCUUAACCAGUCAGAUUCUCAUCUCGCGAGCAGUAGACCCAGUAGAGCGUUACAGUUUGUUGAAAAGGGCAAGUAUAUUGCCAGGGGUAAUGAAAUGAGAGCAAAACUUCAACAAAAGAAAGAAGAACAAGACAGGUUGCGGACAUACCAAGAAAAUGGGUUGACUGCUGAUGAAAAUAUCGGUGAACAGUUCUAUAAGCCAACUUACCCUCCCCCAGUAGAAUGGUGGGAUAAACCCUAUUUUAAGACCAGAAAUUAUGAUGACUUGAGUGCUUCUAAUCUUGAAUAUGAUAACGAAUUGGCUCCUAUUUCACAUUACAUUCAGCAUCCUUCCUUUAUACCAGCACCUUGGGAAAUGCAUUUACCCCAGCAUUCCAAACCAAUGCAUUUAACUAAGAAGGAAAGGAAGAGAAUACGAAGAAACGAUAGAGUUGCUAAACAUAAGGAUAAGCAGGAUAGAAUUAAACUUGGUUUGGAUCCUCCACCUCCACCCAAGAUCAAAUUGUCUAAUUUAAUGAAUGUGUUAACCAAUGAGGCCAUUCAAGAUCCCACGGGUAUUGAAAUGAAAGUUAGAGAAGAAGUCCAAGAAAGGUUUGAAAAUCAUAUGAGAGAAAAUGAAGCAAGAAAAUUGACCAAGGACGAAGUUCAUCUGAAAGCCCAUAAGAAGAAUUUGGAAGACUUAAGUAAGGGAUACUUUACUACUGUUUACAAAAUAGAAGAUCUAUCCAACACUAAAAACUUCUACAAAUUGGACAUCAAUGCCAAACAACUAGAAUUGAUGGGGAUCUGUCUAUUAAAUCCUAAGUUUAAUUUGAUAAUUGUUCAAGGAGGCUUGAAGAAUAUUAACUUUUAUAAAAAAUUGUUAACAAGGCGAAUAGAUUGGAAAGAGUAUGUUGCACCAAAAAGUGACGAAGUUGAACUUCCUGAUGAUUACAUCCCACCAGAUUUAUCCAAUAAUACAUGUAAAAUCAUUUGGGAAGGGCAAACUAAAGAUUUACUUUUUCAAAAAUGGUCAAUAAUGAGAUCGCAAGAUGAUAACGAAGCAUUGCAGGUAUUGAAUAGAUUUAACGUUGAAAACUACUGGAGACAAGCAAGUUUGGCUUAG